CCACAGAUACAAUUCUAUGUUAUCGACCCUCCAUUUAUUUAUUCCAUUCAUUCUCUGAGCCGAAUCGUUCAAACUCCAUUUUCAAUCCAUUUUCUGGAAGAUCGUAUCAGUAUUUCGCCACAAAACAGAGAAAACCGAUGGGUUGGAUGCCGUAAUCGGCUGCGGUAGCUGUUAUUUGCACGAUAGAAGCUGAAGAUAGGUACGGUAAAGUUGUAGAGAGAAAUCAAUUUCUACGAUUUCUAUACGGUUAAACCGAAUUCCACCAGACAACAAGCUUGUUAGCCGUCGCCCCAACCUCACCCUCGUUACCCCCCUUCGAGCAGUAAUCACAGACUCGCCGUGGCUCCUGCCCAGUCGCUUAGGCCAAUCAGCCGACUCCUCCGUUUGCAAUUAAUCAGAUAGGCCCAAUCAGCCGGCACUGAAGCAAGCAUGAUGACUUCGUCAGGUUCGCUAAUCCAUCGCCUUGUGCCCUACUUUUCUGCCCAAAUCCGCCGGAAUUCCAGGCUUCUCAGUUCCUCCUGCGCCCUCCGAGAAUCUGUGCUUUCUUCCUCAGAAUCUCCAUCUCCCUCGACCAACACAGUUCGUUUGACCAACAACUGUGUUAGGAGAAUGAAAGAGUUGCAAGCUGAAGAGUCCAGUAUGAAGCUGUUGCGCUUGAGUAUAGAAGCUGGCGGUUGCUCUGGGUUUCAGUAUAACUUUUCACUUGACGAUAAGACCAAUAAUGAUGACAGGAUCUUUGAGCAAGAUGGAGUUAAAUUGGUGGUUGAUAAUAUUUCGUUUGACUUUGUGAAGGGGGCCACUGUUGAUUAUGUUGACGAGCUUAUCCGCUCUGCUUUUCAGGUAUCUACAAAUCCGAGCGCAGUGGGUGGCUGUAGCUGUAAAAGCUCCUUCAUGGUGAAGUAGCUAUCUCAUGUCUGCUUGUUUCCAGACUCAGCUGAGGAGAGGGAGACAUUUCCAGAGAUGUCAAUGGUUUGCACGACUAACUAAAUUUAUUUUGAUACUGAUUUCCUGUUGUAUACAGAAACAAGUCAAAAACACAACUCAUACUAUCACUCUCCCCCCCGGCUAGAAUAUAGAAGACACCUUGUUGUCAGGUGAAAUUGAUUGUUAUAUGAUGCAUUUGUCUGACAAACAGCAGAAACUGAGAAAGUCUCAUCAGUUCUCUUUGUGCUGAGUAGUUGCAGUUCUGCAAUGAUUAAUGCCCAUUGUAUACAUGUGUAGGAGUAGUCUUAUGCAUUUUAGGCAAUUUUGUACCCUUCA